UCGAGCAUUCAGUCUUUCGCUUUCUCUGCGUUCGCGAGUUGCUCGAUCGGCUUCCAUGCAUGCCUCCACGCAUGGUCCACGAGGAUCGUGCCUUUUUCUCAACCUCGCGGAAUAUACCUAGUCACGCGAUCGAUCGUUCGAACGAUUUUCGUAGAACGACAGUAGGAAUCGAUAGUCCGAAACUGGAGAAAACAGACUUUCCACAGCGCGAUCUCUUCUUUCUUCGAGAAUGUUCAGAACCUUCGACGCGUAACAGAGACUCGAAGAAGAAGCAAGAAGAAAAAAAGAAUUGAAACUCGAAUGUUUCGUUCGAAACGUAGCUGUAAUCGGGAAGAUUUGGCGGAAAAAAAGUUGAUAAAAAAACGGCAGAAAAAUGAGUAUCGUGACAGCAGCCACGUUGGCGGUAAAGGGUGCCACUGUUCUACUCGGGAAGGUGGCGAUAAUUCCUAUUAUCAUAGCGGCUCUAGCAUACUACAAUUACGAUCUGAUGGAUCCUGAGAAUUAUCCUAAAGUGACGAAGAAUAUAAGAAAGGAAUACGAUUUUGUGGUGGUAGGAGGUGGAUCGGCUGGAAGCGUGGUUGUGAACAGACUUACAGAAAAUCCUAAGUGGAAUGUGCUGUUGUUAGAGGCUGGAGGACACGAAACCGAGAUAACGGAUGUCCCUAUACUAUCCCUUUAUUUGCACAAGAGCAAAGUGGAUUGGAAAUAUAGGACUCAGCCGCAAGAUUCCGCUUGUCAAGCGAUGAUCGAUCGACGAUGCUGUUGGACCAGAGGAAAGGUUUUGGGUGGCUCGAGCGUGCUUAACACGAUGCUCUAUAUUCGAGGAAAUCGACGAGAUUUCGAUCAGUGGGAAAGUUUCGGAAACCCUGGAUGGGGUUACGAGGAUGUUCUGCCUUAUUUCAAAAAAUCUCAAGAUCAAAGAAAUCCCUAUUUAGCUCGCAACACUAGAUACCAUGCCACUGGAGGGUACCUGACGAUUCAGGACUCGCCCUACAACACACCUCUAGGAGUGGCCUUCCUACAGGCCGGCGAAGAGAUGGGCUACGACAUAGUAGACGUAAACGGAGAGCAACAGACGGGCUUUGCUUUCUACCAAUAUACCAUGCGAAGAGGAACGAGAUGCAGCGCCGCGAAAGCAUUCAUCAGACCCAUUCAGUUACGAAAAAACUUUCAUCUAUCCCUGUGGAGUCACGUAACCAAGGUCCUGAUCGAUCCACGAACGAAAAAAGCCUACGGCGUCGAGUUCAUCAAAGAAGGCCGGAAAGAGGUAGUCUACGCCAGGAAGGAGGUCAUUCUCUCGGCGGGUGCCAUAAAUUCUCCUCAGCUGUUAAUGCUCUCGGGAAUUGGACCUAGACAACACCUGGAAGAAGUAGGAAUUACAGUGGUGCACGAUUCUCCCGGAGUUGGACAGAACCUGCAGGAUCACAUCGCGGUUGGUGGUCUAGCUUUCUUGAUCGAUUACCCGAUCAGUACCGUGAUGACUCGCCUGGUGAACCUUAAUUCCGCUCUACGGUACGCCAUCACGGAAGACGGACCAUUAACCACGAACGUAGGCUUAGAGUCCGUAGGUUUUAUCUCGACGAAAUACGCAAAUCAAAGCGACGAUUGGCCCGAUAUAGAAUUCAUGCUGACCUCUUCCUCCACUAGCUCCGACGGAGGCACGCACGUGAAAAAUGCUCACGGACUCACGGACGAUUUUUACAAGCAAGUAUUCCAAAACAUUAAUUACCGCGACCUGUUCGGGGUGUUCCCCAUGCUUCUCAGGCCUAAAUCUCGCGGUUUCGUGAAACUAAAGUCGAAAAACCCUCUGGAUUAUCCCCUGAUGUACCACAAUUAUUUGACCCACCCUUACGACGUGAAUGUCCUGAGGGAAGGCGUGAAGGCUGCGAUAGCUUUCGGAGAGACGAGCAGCAUGAAAAGAUUCGGUGCCAGAUUCCACAAUCGCGCUCUACCCAACUGUAACCACAUACCUAUGUUCACCGACGAAUAUUGGAACUGUGCCAUACGACAAUACACUAUGACGAUCUAUCAUAUGAGCUGUACAGCGAAAAUGGGUCCACCGACCGACCCCAUGGCCGUCGUCGACCCCGAACUCAGAGUCUACGGUGUGACCGGGUUGAGGGUAAUCGACGCGUCCAUUAUGCCGACGAUCACCAACGGGAACAUAAACGCACCGGUGAUCAUGAUCGGAGAGAAAGGCGCGGAUUUGGUUAAGAAGCAAUGGCUAUCACGGAGGAAGAGGGACAACGUCACGAUCGUCGCAACGUGACUGGAAGAAUUCUUGCCGAGAAAUCAGCUUGUUCCGUCGAUCGCCGAAUGGAUGUACUUGCCGCGUUAUUUCGUAAAUAAGAAAUAAGAGAAAAGGGACUAGUAUCGAGAUCGAUGUAGAUCCACAUAAUGGAAAUACCGUUCUCCGUCGAUACGGCCGUUUGAUUAGGCUUUUAAUUUAACGAUACGGAGGAACGCAAGGAGAUGCGAUCGUUUAAUUGUCGUUAGGUUAGCUUAUAAGUAAUUUGUAAGUAAUUUAUCGAUCGAGGACUCGAUGACGUUAAAGGAAAUGCGUAUUUUAUAUUUUUUUCACACGACUAAAGGAUAGGAAAUGUGACCGUCGUAAUGUACGAUCGAAUCGUUUCGUGGUUACCUAUACUGCUAACCACGUAAACGUAUCCGAUGCGAACCUUUAAAAUCUGAAAGUGAGAAACAAAUUCGUUUUCCGUUAGCGAAAAAGGAACAUAUAUGAAACAGAUGUUCUAAAAUAUCAAUCCUAUUCUAAAAUAGAGUUAAACGUUCUGAAAGAACUUUUCGAUAAGCGUCCACUCCUCGGAAAUUUAUGGUUUACCGAUGUCUUUUUCAAUCCUCUCACUUUCUUCUCUUGGGCCAGAUCGAAAGUUGUCGGAAAGAGAGAAAAAAAAAAAGAAAAAAUGAAAAGAUACCAGAAGUAAAUUCCGUAUAACAAGAACGACUUUGCUCGAGUCCAGGCUAUUUAAGAAUCAACAAUUUUUUAAAUAUUUUUUUCUACUUUUAUAUCGAUAUGUCAUCGUCGUAUAAUUAUCAUCGUGUUCUCGUUUUUAUUUCAUUCUCUGUUACACAAGGAAUAAGAAGGAAAAUAUUUCGCGUUUAACUGUUUUCCUACUGGAAAAAUUACCGAUGAUUAGAGAAAGACGAAGAUAAAGCAUGUGACAGCUUUGGCAAACUCGUUUUAAUUUUUAAAAUUCCCGUAUUACAACAUAAUCGAUAAGCAGCAUUUACACGUGCUCGAUCACCCAAUGAACUACUUACUUAUGCAACAUGAUGUAUGACCCGCCCCUUUAUACAGGGUGUGGUGAUAUUUUUCUGGGUUUAAUCGAGAAGCUAUAAAGUCGUGAACGAACGUCGGUCAACGUAAGCGAGAAUCAACGAUCUGUUGAUGCCUAGAAUGUAGAUUUAACGAAUUAAAUAAAUAAGGUAGUCGGUACCAACGAUCUAUUACAUAAUAUUGUGAUCUACUUUCGACUCGAAUAACUAUGAUGCGAAUAAUGCGAAACGCGAGUACGUUUUAUUUCAAUUUUAAAUACCGAAGGUUCUGCUUCUGGAAAGAUACUGUAAGAAGCAAGCGAGGUAUCCGAAGGAGACUUCUAGGUAGGUUUGUAAAAUCGAGACUAACUAUUUAAUUUGUUACAGAUGAUAUACAUAUGUAGAAAGUAAUAGAUAAAUGCUAAUUCGAAUAAUUUAUACGUAGCUACAACAUUCGUAACUAACUUAUUCGUAAAUUAAAGAAACGAAUGCGCUACCUGUGACCAAAUAAUAUUUAUUUUCCUAAAUCAUGAUAUAAAUGUCGUUACCAUUAGAACUUGUUGAUUUUGUAAAUAAUUAAUACCGUUAUUUAUUAAUAUCGUCAAAUUCACCGUAUACAAUAUGUACAUAUUUUAGCCGUUGUCGAUGUUCCGAAAGCUCGAAAACUAGAAUAAUAGUAAUAGUAGAAAUAGUGGGAAUAUUUAAGUUACGUUAAGUUAAUCAAUUAUAGUUAAUUAAUGGCUGCAACGGGUAGCCAUCCUUAGUUUCCAAUGAAGCACUUUUUUUUAUCAGAAUCUACGUUUCAUUCUCAUAGCAUGAAAUUUCUGUAACGACACGAGAGUAUGUAUUACCGAAUUAUACGAAAAUUAAUGUACUUGGACCUGAUUAAUCGGUAUGUCAAUUCUAUAGUACUUUUGAUAGCCACUGUAGCAUUAAGUAAGGUUUUUUGAACGUUAGUCUUUUUGCAAAAUUUACCGAGCCUGGCAAUUUCAAAGGUAAAUGUACAAAGUAAAUACACUUGCAAUUAGUCACCGUGAAAGGUAACCGUUCUAUAAUUUAUUGUAUCAAAAAAUGUGAAUGAAAU